AUGGUUCCAAAUAAAACUGUUUGUCAUGCUUAUUAACGUUCCCCUUAAUAAGCACCAUUGAGAAGGAAUUCUACAUAGAUAUCAUAACAACUAAAAAAAACUUGUAAAGAAAUUACAAAGGACCUUUUGGAGAGAUAAAGUGAGUAUGAGAGACUGAAUAAGACUUACAUACCAAAAAAAUUCUCUCCCCAAGAUCAUUUUUUGGAAAAAAAAAAAAAAUAUAAUGUUUUAAACUUAGCUGUGAGACAAGCUAGAUAAAAAUUCUUAGAGAAAUAAAGUUCCUCAUGCUCAAAUCACAACUAAUAAUUUUUCUAAUAACAAUAAUGUAUAACAAUUAUUGCAUAAAAUUUUCGAAAUUAAAAAUCAACUCUCUCCUUAAGAUCAAAGAAUCAAAAAUAAGAAAGAAAUAAAUUGAGCUUGUAUUUACUAUUGAUGAUUGCACUUCCUGCGAUUUGCCUACUUGUCCUAAUAUCUGAAUAUAUUAAUUUAAAUUGA